AUGUUAAGGGAGUCUAGACAUACCAAAAUUAAUUAUAAAGAACCAUCAACUAUAGUUUUAAAGUUGGGUAGUCAACCUAAUGUAGGAAGUAAUUUAUUAAGUAAAACUCUCAGAAUUACCACCAAAAGUGUUAUAAUAAAAUCCUACUACUGAAGUAAGAAGAAUAAAAAACAAAUCGAUUAGUUAACAUAUAAAUGGAAAUGGGAUCCAUCAAUAAGUGAAUUAUUACAAAUAACCCAAUAAAAGAAUUAUUUAUGACUCUACAAAUUGUUUAAAUCCUCAAAUUAAUCGUUCAUCAAGUAAUAGAAUUAAGAAAAUACAUUCAGUCAGUUCUCAUAAUUGUAAAUAGUUUAUCAAUAUAAAGAUGAAAGUUUUAUUUAAAAUCUAGAAGAUCAUAGUAGAAACAAUAUUGUUUGUAAUGAAGUAGCUACUAGUAGUGAAUUAAAUGAGGGCAAGAAAUUAUUUACAGAUAAUAAAAUUGAAGAAGCAUUGAAAAUAUUUUAAACAUACCUUAAUAAAUAUGGAUUAAAUCCAGAAGCCUUAUAUCUAUCAGGAUUAUGUUACAUGUCUCUAGAUUAAGAAGAAAAAUAUAUUGAAUAAUUUUAGACACUAAUAAAAACAUUUCCAACAUAUAAAAGAACAGCAUAUAUGUAUUUAGCACUUUCUUUAAAAAAAAAUAAUCAUAUCAAUGAAGCAAUAAAUGUAAUAUCCUAAGGUAUCAAUCAUUUCAAUAGAUACUUUGAAGCUCUAAUAUUCAGAGCUAAGUUAUUUUUAAAGCAUAAAAGUUAUGAAAAAGCUAUGAGAGACUUUAAUACAGCAAUUCAUAUCAAUCCAAAAAAACCUAUUGGUUAUAUAGGUUUAAGUGAUUGUUAUAAGUAAAUCAACUAACUUUAACAGGCUAUUGAAGAAUUGAAUAAAGCUAUUGAAUUUGAAGAGUUUUCAAAAUAAAAAUCCAUUAUUUUAAAAAGAUUUACAAUUUAUUUAGAAAUUAAAGAAUUUGAAAAAGCAAAAUAAGAUAUGAAUUUAUUACUUGAAAUUUGUCCAAAUGAUUCUGAAGUUUAUUAUUUUAAAGGAAUUUUGAUGCAAAAGUAGAGUAAUUACUUAAUUUAAUUUUAGAACGUCUUUAAGAUGCUCUUUUGGCUUUUGAAUAAUCAAUUAAAUUUAAUAGUGAAAAGAAACCAGUUACUAAAGCACUUUAUGAAAUUGUAAAAAUAAAAAUUGAAUAAAAUGAUUAUUAUUCUGCUUAACAUGAACUUGAUAGAGCAGCUUAUCUUGAUGUUGAUAAAACAUAAUUAUAAAAAUUUGAGCUUUUUGUUGGAGGAGCUAUAUAUUUAAUGAAAAGAAAAUUUGAAGAAGGCACUCAUCUUUUGACAGAGAUGAUCACUAAAAAUCAUUAAAGCGAUAAUCUUAAAUUUUAAGCACAUCAAUAUAGAGCUUAUGGAUAUUUUUGUUUAUCAAAGUACAAUUUAGCUAACCAAGAUUUAGAAUUAUAUUAAGAAAAUCUAUUGGAGAAAGUAAUUUUAUUAAAAAUGAUAGGCAUCUCUAUAUAAUAAACUACUUUGUCAUGGGAUAAUUAAAUAUGAAGAUAAUGAAUUAGAAUAAAGUAAAAGAGAAUUUUUACAAGCUCAUAAAAUGUUACCAAAUAAAAUGGAACCAUUAUUUUAUUAAGCCAUUAUCUAAAUUAAAAAAUAUUGUUCAAGUCUUGAAAAAAUGAGUGAAGAAAAUAGAAUAAAAUAUUUAUAAGAAGCUUUGGAUUUACUUGAAAGAGCUGCUAAAGUUUUUGAAUAAUCUAAUUUACUUUUCUAUAAAGGAAUUUUACAUUUUGCCCUUGGAAAUUUAGAUCAAUCUGCUUUAGAUUUAGAAUAAGCUAUUGAAAAAUCUGAAGAUAAUUAAGCAUAACAUUAUUAUGUUAGAGGAUUACUUUAUUGUUAACGUUAACUAUUUAAAUAAGCUGUCAAUGAUUUUUCAAUUUGUUUAAGUUUAGAUCAAAAUCAUUCUGAAUCUUACCUUAAUAGAUGUAAACUAUUAACAAUGUUGGGUGAUGUUGCUACAGCUUACUUGGAUCUAUAAAAAUAUAUUGAAUUAAAGGAGUAAUAUACAAUAAACUAUCAUACUAUUGGAAUUCUUUAUUUUUUAAUUGGAGCAUAUGAUGAAGCUAUCUAAGCGUUUAGUAAUUGUAAAAAUCUUGAAGGAUAUUAUGAGAAAGUUAAAGUAUUAAUUUAUGGUAAGGAAUUGAAUUCAGCACUUAAUGAAUUAUCUAUUAUUAUAGAAUAAUUAAAUAGUCAUGAGGCCAUUAUUGAUAAAUAAAUGUUAACAAUACUUAAAGAUACUAGUUAAUUAAUAUCUACAAAAAUUCUAGAAGAUAGUAUAAAUACUAUAAGUUAAAUUUAAAAAGGAUAAUAGGAAGGAUUGAUUUUCAGAUUGUCUGAUAUCUAUUUUUACAAAGGUUUAUUUUAUACAUACUUGGCAUAGUAUUCUAAAGCAAAAUAAUGUCUUCGUUUUUCAUAUGAUUUAAAAGAAAAGGAAAUUAAGAAAUCAAGAAAUACUUAAAUGAUUAAUCAGAACACUCUAGAGGAUUUUGAUUUUACAAAUAAGACUUAUAAUAUCUAUGAACAUCUUUAUAAUUGUGCAAUACUAGAUGUAAUAUUAGGAAAUUUAGAAGAAGCCUUUGAAACACUCACUUUAUUACAUGAACACUUAACUUAAAUAGAAUUUAGAGUUUAAUUAUAGAUUUUUAUGGAAUUAUUACGUGAUGAUUUAUUGGAUACUCCUCCAGAAGAAGAAUUUUCAAAAAUAUAAGAAUUUUAAUUAUUCCCUUAACAUAAUAGACUUUGUUCAAUUUAUCCUGCAAUCUAAUUACCAUUGAAAAAAUAUUCUGUUUUAAUCAGGAUGUCAUUUUGUUUACCGAUUGUUGAAUUCCCUUCUUAGCCAAUAUUAUUUGAUGAGUAACUACUUCAAAAAAUAUCUGUAAUUAAAUUAAUUAUUUUUUAAAGCCUAAAGUUGUGGAGAAUAAACCAGAAGCACCUUGGAUUAAAAGAUCUAGUGAAGGAGUGAUAUUUACAGAUAACAUUUAAUGUAUUGAUGAUUUGGAUCUUCAAUCAACUGUUAGAAAAGAAGACAGGGAAGAAACUGAAUAAGAAAUUAUUAAUCUUUAAGAUGAUAAUGAGAUCUCUAAAUUAAAAGAAAAACUUAAAUUAGAUGACUAAAUUACUAAAAAAUUGAAUUCAAUAUUAUAAUAAAUUGAAGAAUGA